AUGGGACUGUCGGUGUGCUAUCUGUGGCUCAUGGCCUUGUUCGAUAUUUAUUACGAAAUGUUCUACAACUCUCGGUCGGGACUGCUGGUCUACUGUUGGCUGCUACAAUACAUGCUGAGGCUGUUAUUGAUCAUAUUGAUGGCGCACUUCACGACGAAACAGGCACUCGAAGCGAAGUCACUUAUCACGGAUACCAAUAACGGAAGUAUGGAUAGUAGUACCAAAGAAGAGUUACAGUUAUUCAUAAAUCAAAUAUAUAGUUCCACAAUAGAAUUUAAUGCGUACGAUUUCUUCACGUUGAAUACACAAGUUAUAAAAUCUGCUAUUGCUGCUGGUGCUACAUGUCUUGUUAUUUUGGUCCAAUUUCACUCUGAGAGAAAUUGA